CCCAUAUUGACGCGCAUGAAAUUAAGCAUGUAUGAAAGGAGCAUGAAAACCUUUUCAACUCCCCUUGUACCCCCAGUUGGAUGAGUUCACGAAGGGGACAAUUACAAGUGCCAAAAGGAACUGAUUUUCAGAAUCUUCCCAAAAGGCCGGAAGCUAGUAUAUGAAUCACCCUUGAGCGAUCUUUUGAGCAGGCUAUGUCUUCAACUCAAGAAUUAAUUUCCUUUCAUCAUACCCUAUCAAAAGCUACCUGGCGGACGAGGGACACCCUGGCCAUAUAACACACCUUGUCAAGAUGAUCAAUACGUUCUUUAUCACUCUUCUAUUCUCUCAUGCUUUGACAUGGACGCAAGCAAUACCUACACUGUCACAUCCGCCGACCGUCUGGAAGCGUGAUGGUGCGCCUCUUUUUGGAGCGAGCGGGAUGCCGAGCAGGGAUGAUAUUGGACAACAUGAAGGAGAUUGUGGCUGGCUCUCAUCUAUGGCAGCAAUCACCACGAUUUCACCUUUUUUCGUCAAAUCUAAAUUCGCUUACUCUAGCUCAUCCGAUCAGAGCGUCACCGACGUCAGAGUCACCAUCUUCACCGAUGACGCUUCCCUUACUGCCCAAGUCGUCCCUGUGACAUACCAUUCCCAACUGAUAAACAACGAUAACGAAGAUACCUCUACUGCAUGGUGGCCGGGUGCAUACGAUUCUGCUGCCGUGUAUUCUGGUACACUUCCGUCGACAAAUGGUUCGCUUAAUCCUGUAGGAGUAACCAAUGCGUUGCAGAUUUUGACGGGAAAAGAGGCGGCGUGGAAGUUCAAGGGAGAUCUGGGGGAUGAAGCUUGGGAAGUGCUGAACAAGGGGACGAAAACACCGGUGGUACUCCAGACCUUACCUACCGGCGCGGUAGAUCUUGUAGGGGGCCAUGCUUAUGCAGUUCUGAAUACAUCAAUCGCAGUGAAUGGAACCAAGAUGGUGGCAUUGUUCAAUCCCUGGGGAGAUGAUGUAGUCUACACAUACGAUACCGCGAUGAACGACUGUUACCUCCUCGCUUGGCUGAAAAAUAACGAUACUCUCAAAUCGACAGAGUCUUCUUCUUCUUCCUCCUCCCCUCCAUCAUCCCCCCUCGUCGAUUCUGGCACGUUCUGCUCCGAAACUGACAACGGCGUUUCAACAUCGACGUCGGCAGAAUCUCGAAGCCAAUCAGUCCGGACCCUAAACUACAAAGAUACUUCCUCUUCGAUUUCUUCAAGCUUUGACCCGACACUUACCUCAGCACCUGAAGGGGUUGAAGAGAAUAUAGUGUGGGUAACAGAGAUGGUGGUGAUAACCAAAUUUGUGUAUGAUUGACCGAAAAUCUUCGGGCUGGUCCUAGUGUUAGGUACUAGGUAUCGUGCAAAGGAUGGUUCAACUUGCCUGGAUUAGAUGUGACACUGCAAGGUACGGAAUGUGAUACCUAUCUACUUAACUUCAGCUAGUGUCGGUACAACAUGGGAUAUGGACAAAUCUAUAGCAGCAGAUCGUCAGUCGUCAACAUCGCGGAGGGGGGGAACAGGGAGGAGACUCAGGAUUCCCGACGGAAAAAAUAUGCAUG